AUGCUGAGCUAUUCAUCGGGGAGGCACGGGCGGCUUGCCCUGCUGCCACUGCUAGUCUUGGCUUUUCUCUUGCUCGCUGGUCCGUCGGCGGCCUCGAUUGGCGAUCAGCUACCCGAGUUCAGAGAGUGUGUGGAGAUAUGUAAAAAGGAAAACUGCGGCGCCGAUGCAAAGCACCAGACUCACAUCCCUCUCCACCGCCGCCUCCUCCUCUGGACCUGCCCCGCCGAAUGCGACUACACGUGUCAGCACAUCAUCACGGACCGGCGCCAGUCAGCCGCCCCGCCGGCCCCCGUCGUCCAGUUCCACGGCAAAUGGCCCUUCCGCCGCCUGCUGGGAAUGCAGGAGCCCGCCAGUGUGCUCUUCUCGCUCGGCAACCUCGCCGCGCACUACCACGGCCUGCACCACAGGGUCCUACCGCUCAUCCCGCCGUCCUACACGAUGCGACCUUUCUAUGUGUUUCUGGCGAGGCUGGGCAUGGCUACCUGGUUCCUGAGCGCCGUGUUCCAUACCAGGGACUUCCCGCUUACCGAGCAGCUGGACUACUUUGCCGCGGGCGCGUCGGUGUUGUAUGGCAUGUACUAUUCCGUGGUCAGGCUGUGGCGGUUGGAUAGGCCGACGCCGGCGGCGAAGGGAGGGUUGAGGGCGUGGACGGCGUUCUGUGCGCUGCUGUAUGCGGGGCAUGUGGCGUAUCUGCAGCUGUGGAGGUGGGACUACACGUAUAAUACGGCGGCGUGUGUGGUGUGCGGGUUUGUGCAGAACCUGCUGUGGAGCUGGUUCAGCUGGACGAGGUAUGCGAGCACGAGGAAAUCGUGGGCGGCGUGGCCCGGCAUUGUGGUUGCGUGGGUCAUGAUGGCGAUGAGUCUGGAGUUGUUUGACUUCGCGCCUAUCUGGGGGAGCAUUGACGCCCAUAGUCUGUGGCAUCUGGGGACGAUUGCGCCGGCGGUGUUGUGGUAUAAGUGA